AUGGCAUCGUCGCCGGGGUACGCGGAUGGCGGCACGGGAGGUCUGGACGAAGGGGACCCCCCGCCCCCGGUGCCGCCGCCGAUGAGGAAGCAGCCGUCGCGGAUCGCGUCGGGGAUGCGUCGGCUGGCGUCGAAGGUGUCGUCGGCGGUGCCAGAGAUGCGGGGCCUCAAGCGUACACACUCCGGCGCGCAGUCGGGCUUGCGCGGGCUGCGCUUCCUCGACAAGACGUCUGCCGGCAAGGACGGCUGGAAGUCCGUCGAGAAGCGGUUCGACGAGAUGAGCACCGACGGCCGGCUGCAGAGGGAGAACUUCGCCAAGUGCAUCGGUAUGGCUGAUUCAAAGGAGUUUGCAAGCGAGGUAUUUGUGGCAUUGGCUAGGAGAAGACACCUCAAUCCGGACGACGGCGUGACAAAAGAACAACUGAAGGAAUUCUGGGAGGAGAUGACAGACCAGAACUUUGAUUCCCGGCUACGCAUUUUCUUCGACAUGUGCGACAAGAACGGUGAUGGUAAGCUGACAGAAGAUGAGGUCAAGGAGGUCAUCGUGCUAAGUGCCUCGGCAAACAAGCUUGCCAAACUGAAGAAACAUGCUGCAACCUACGCCUCUCUGAUCAUGGAAGAGCUGGACCCUGAUCACCGUGGCUACAUUGAGAUUUGGCAGCUGGAGACCCUGCUACGCGGGAUGGUGACGGCAUCAGGGCCGCCGGACAAGAUGAACAUGGCGUCAGCAUCUCUCGCGAGGACGAUGGUGCCUUCCAGCCACCGGAGCCCGCUGCAGCGGCGCAUCAACAAGGCUGUGGACUUCGUCCAUGAGAACUGGAAGAGGAUAUGGGUGAUCUCCCUCUGGGUCGCCCUCAACAUCGCCCUCUUCGUGUUCAAGUUCACCCAGUACCGGAGGCGCGCUGUGUUCGAGGUGAUGGGCUACUGCGUCUGCAUCGCCAAGGGCGCAGCCGAGACCCUCAAGCUCAACAUGGCGCUCAUACUGCUGCCGGUGUGCCGGAACACGCUCACAAGGCUGCGGUCCACCGCGCUCAGCAAGGUCGUGCCGUUCGACGACAACAUAAACUUCCACAAGGUCAUCGCGCUUGCAAUCGCCAUCGGAUCUGCAACCCAUACGCUUUCACACGUCCUCUGCGACUUCCCCAGGCUGGUGUCGUGCCCCAAGGACAAGUUCAUGGAGAAGCUGGGGCCCUUCUUCAACUACGUUCAGCCAACAUGGCCGAUUCUGCUGACGAGCAUCCCGGGAUGGACCGGGAUCCUCCUCAUCCUCAUAAUGUCCUUCUCCUUUACGCUCGCGACGCACUCCUUCCGGAGGAGCGUCGUGAAGCUGCCGUCGCCGCUGCACCACCUGGCCGGCUUCAACGCCUUCUGGUAUGCCCACCACCUGCUGGUGAUCGCCUAUGUCCUCCUGGUGAUGCACUCAUACUUCAUAUUCCUCACCAAGCAGUGGUACAAGAGAACGACAUGGAUGUACUUGGCAGUCCCUGUCGUCUUCUAUGCCUCCGAGAGAAGUAUCAGAAAAAUUCGUGAGAAAAGCUAUCGCGUGAGCAUCAUAAAGGCAGCAAUUUACCCGGGAAACGUGCUCUCAAUUUACAUGAAGAAGCCACCAAGCUUCAAGUACAAAAGUGGGAUGUACCUGUUUGUAAAAUGCCCAGACGUUUCACCUUUUGAAUGGCACCCCUUCUCCAUCACUUCGGCUCCUGGAGAUGACUACUUGAGCGUUCAUAUCCGUACAUUAGGUGAUUGGACAUCAGAACUCAGGAAUCUGUUUGGGAAGGCUUGUGAAGCAGAAGUAACUUCUAAGAAGGCUACACUAGCUAGACUUGAAACAACUGUUGUGGCGCAUGGUCUGGCAGAGGACACUAGGUUCCCUAAAGUAUUCAUAGAUGGCCCUUACGGUGCACCGGCUCAAAACUACCGGAAAUACGACAUUCUUUUGCUUAUUGGGCUCGGGAUUGGUGCAACUCCUUUCAUCAGCAUACUGAAGGAUCUCCUCAACAACAUAAAGUCAAACGAGGAGGCGCAGAGCAUGCAUGACACCGAGUUAGGUUGCAGUUUCAAGACGAAUGGGCCAGGAAGAGCCUACUUCUACUGGGUUACCAGAGAGCAAGGCUCCUUCGAGUGGUUCAAAGGUGUUAUGAACGACGUUGCCGAGAGUGAUCACGAUGAUGUAAUAGAGAUGCACAAUUACCUGACCAGCGUGUACGAGGAAGGCGACGCGAGGUCAGCCCUGAUUGCCAUGGUCCAGUCGCUUCAACAUGCCAAGAACGGCGUGGAUAUCGUCUCAGGCAGCAAGAUUCGAACGCAUUUUGCAAGGCCAAACUGGAGAAAGGUGUUCUCUGAUCUGGCCAGUGCCCACAAGAACUCACGCAUAGGCGUCUUCUACUGUGGAUCUCCAACACUUACGAAGACCCUGAGAGAUCUUUCGAUAGAGUUCAGCAGUACCACGACGACCCGAUUCCAUUUCCACAAAGAGAAUUUCUAA